CAGGCUCUGAGGGGCCUCCCCCUGCCCCAUCAUGGCGUCUGCUCUCACCAUCCUCCUCCAUGAGACACAGAGAAGCUGAGAGCUGCAUGACACUUGGCCAGGCUGACUGUGACUGGGUUUCUUUCGUUUUGCAAAGACCUCUGCUUACUUUGACCGCACUAGAUUUCACCCGCAGAUUUGAGAGAAUGUCUGAUGGACACAGGAAGAGACGAGACAUCGUCAACUUCCUGUAGCGGCAGCUAGCAGUUGAGUUCCUUAUUUGCGGCUCGGUGGAGCUGGAGACUGGGGUGUUGGUGGCAGUGGUGAGGGGCCCCUCCCUGACCCCGUCAUGGCUUCUGCUCUCACCGUCCUCUUCCUAGGCUGCUGGUUUGCUGGGCGGAGCAGGGUGUCGGGAGAGUGGUCCCUCCCCAAACCCUCCAUCUCCGUCAGCCCCAGUGGGGUGAUCCCCAUGCGGGGAAACGUCACCAUCCGGUGUCGGAAUCAGUACCUGGGCAUGAGGUUCCUCCUCUACAAGGCUGGAGAUGGGAACUAUCUGACUUACACAGACCCUGCUGGCUCUGAGGCUGAAUUUCCCAUCACCAGCGCCAGACGGGAACACGGUGGCAGCUACACCUGUCGUUAUACCAACAGAACAGGACGAGCUGCCUACUCGGAGCCCAGUGACCCCGUGCAGAUCAUUGUAGCAGAGCUCAGCUACCCCAAACCCUCCAUCUCCCUGAGCCCCAGCGAGGGGGUCGCCCUGGGGGGAGCCGUGACCAUCCGAUGUCGGGGUUCACACCAGAACGUGAGGUUCCUUCUGUACAAAGAUGGGAACCUGAACGCGCUGCAGGACGUGAAGCCGGCUGGGGGCCUGGCUGAGUUUCUCAUUCGCAAUGUGAGCCAGGGAGACGCAGGGAGCUACAGCUGCUAUUAUCACAAGAAAUCGAACAGGUUCAUCUGGUCACAUCCCAGUGACCACGUGGAGCUGGUGGUAGCAGGUGGAUCGGUACCAAGCGCAGCACCGGUUCUGACCCGCACCAUCAUUGCCGGGGCGAGCGCGGCAGCCACCGUCCUCCUCCUCCUCCUCCUCCUGGCCUUUGUCUGCUACAGAAAAACCCGAGGAAAAUCCUCCAUUGACGAAGGGAAACAGACGCAGACCCUGGAGCCUGAUCCCAGCACCUACGCGGAGCUGGACCUCCAGACGCUGCAGCCCAGUGUGUACGGUGUGAUCAACGUGAGCCGGGGAGCCCCGCAGUGAGAGCCCCCCGCAGCCAUGGGGCGCCAUCCACUUGGGGGCAACAGACUCACCCCCUACAGCACCAGCCCCAGAGAACUCUGCUUCUAGGGAAGAUUUAGGGGGGGAUGCUGUGCUCUCCCUGCUGCAGCCUCAUGUCAUCAAGCUGCUGUCCUCCUGCCCCGCCCAGACCCACAUAUGGGGGGUAGGGGGAACUCAGAAUCGAUAGGGGGAGGGGACACAGCAAGGCAGCUUUGAUGUUAUUUUGCAUAUUGUUAACCUCCAGAUUUGUAAAAAUACAAAACCAUAAACCAGCCCCCAUGGGCAGCCCCCAGACCCCUGUCAUGGUGCCAGGAAAGUGUGUCGCACCUGGGGGGAGAUGGGAUUGCUGUGGGGAGGGGCGGGGUGCAUAGGUGCUGUCAGGGUUCUCUCCCCACUCUGAACUCUGGGGUACAGAUGUGGGGACCCACAUGAAAGACCCCCUAAGCUUAUUUCUACCAGUUUAGGAUUAAACCUUCCCCAAGGCACAAAUUCCUUUCCUUGUCCUUGGACAGUAUUGCUGCCACCACCACGUGAUUUAAACAAACAUUCAGGGAGGGGCCACUUGGAGCCCUGUCCCCCCAAAAUACCCCCCCAAGCCUCUUCACCCCCUUUCCUGGGGGGGGGCUUGAGAAUAAUAUACAAACGGAUAGGUUAACAAAGUGAGCACAGACCAGAUCCUUGGGUUUUUAGGACACUAAAAACCAAUCGGGUUCUUAAAAGAACUUUAUUAUAAAGAAAAAUAAAAUAAAAAGUAAAAGAAGCACCUCUGUAAAAUCAGGAUGGAAGGUAAUUUUACAGGGUACUAAAAAGAUAUAAAACACAGAGGAUUCCCUUCUAGGCUCAACUUCAAAGUUACAAAACAGGAAUAAACCUCCCUCUUGGCAUAGAGAAAAUUCACAAGUGAAACAAAAGAUAAUCUAAUGCAUUUCCUUGCCUUUACUUACAAUUUCUGUAAUUUUAGAUGUAGCAUUUCAGUAGGAGCUGGGUUACCUGCUUGGUCCCGCUCUUUGUCUCAAGAGCGAACACACACACAAGAGAAGAAACAAAGCUUCCCCUCCCCCCACCCCAUUUGAAAGUAUCUUCCUUCCUUAUUGGUCCUUCUGGUCAGGUGCCAACUAGAUUAAUUGAACUGUUUAACCCCUUACAGGUAAGUGAUUCUGUACUUCUGGCCAAGAGGGAUCUUGUAUUACUGCAUACAUAAAGGCUGUUACCCU